AUGCUAAACCGAAAAUGGUCAUUUGUGUUUCUCGCGCUCUUAUUGGCUACACCAAUUAACGCCGAUGACGAUGUUUUCGAAUCAGAAGACGAGGAGGUUGCUGAAACAAUCAACGACAAGGAAGAAUUUGUUCCAUCUAACUUUGUUGCUCCGAAACUCUCCGAAAAAUCAAAACCAAAUUUUUUUGACUAUUUCCCCGUUGGCUCAAAAGUUGGACAAACUUGGAUCAAAAGUUUAGCUAAAAAAGACGACGUUGACUCAGAUAUUGCCAAGUACAAUGGUGAAUGGAUUAUUGGAGCACCAACUAAAGUAUCGAUUGAAGGAGACCUCGGCUUGAUUGUAAAAACAAAAGCACGGCACCAUGCUAUCGCUGCCAAACUGAAUACUCCAUUCGUUUUCGAUUCUGAGAAUUUUGUUGCUCAAUACGACGUGAAAUUUGAAGAAGGUCAAGAAUGUGGAGGAGGUUAUCUCAAGUUGCUCAGUGAAGGCGCUGAAAAAGAUCUAGCCAACUUCCAGGACAAAACUCCGUACACAAUCAUGUUCGGUCCUGAUAAGUGUGGAGCUAGCGGUCAGGUCCAUCUUAUUUUCCGCUACAGAAAUCCUAUUAAUGGAACAAUUUCGGAGUAUCAUGCGAAGCAACCUGCAUCUAUCGGAACAACCUACUGGGAUGAUCACAACACACAUCUUUUCACGCUCACUGUCAAACCAACCGGCGAUUUUUCCGUUAGUAUUGAUGGAAAGAGUCUCUUCUAUGGAAACAUGCUCAGUGACGUAUCGCCAGGGUUGACGCCACCAAAAGAGAUUUUUGAUGAAUCGGAUGUGAAACCAGAAGAUUGGGAUGAGCGUGAACACAUUGAAGACGAAACUGCUGUGAAACCCGACGAUUGGGACGAGAGUGAACCUCAAAGUGUUGUUGAUGAGUCGGCGACUAAACCGUACGACUGGAAUGAAGAUGAAAAUGAGUUGAUUCCUGAUCCAGAAGCAAAAAAGCCACAAGAUUGGGACGAAGAUAUGGACGGAUCUUGGGAGGCCCCACUCAUCGAUAACCCAGCUUGUAAAGGUCUGAGUGGAUGCGGAACUUGGAAGCCACCCACCAUUAAGAAUCCAAAGUAUAGAGGAAAAUGGGUUCGUCCGCGGAUCUCCAAUCCAGCUUACAAGGGUAAAUGGGCACCAAGACUUAUCGACAACCCGAAUUACUUCGAGCCAAAGCCAUUCGAAGGACUAUCUCCAAUCACAGCUGUCGGAAUCGAACUGUGGACAAUGAGUGAGAACAUUAUUUUCGACAACAUCCUUAUCACAUCCUCGGAAGAAGACGCUUCUGAUAUUGCCAAACAGACAUUUUACGUGAAACAACAAGAAGAGUAUCGUCUCGCUGCUGCUUCUGGAAACUCAAAUGGAAUUUUCCAGCAAAUAAUCGAUGCAACAAAUGAGAAACCAUGGCUGUGGGCCGUUUACAUUCUGUGUAUUCUGUUGCCUCUAGUAGCUAUUGGAGUAUUUUGUUUUGGAAAGGCACCGAAACCGGCACCAAACUUUGCGAAAAAGAACGAUACGUAUUCCGCUGAUGACGACCGUGUUCCAAAUCUGGUAGACGACGAAGAAGAGGAAAUCAUUGCGGAGGAAGAUGACGAAGACCAGCCUGGACCAUCGGGCACUCAAAACCAGCCACCACGUGGAGAUGAUGAGGAAGAAGUCGUCGACCAACAGCCAUCGAGCACCAAGACAGAGUCAUCGCAAUCAAGCACUGCCGAAGAAGACGACGAAGAGGAUGACCACGUGGUUCACGAAAAUGAACCAGUUCAACCAACAGAAGAGGUAGCCAAAAAGAGUCCCAAACCUUCCGGAGGAGCGAAACGUCGUACCGCCCGUAGAGGAGACUGA